CAUGACAGUUAGUACUUCCGUUUCUGCUGCAGCCAUAUUGCUUGAUGCUGCCGAAACCUUUUGUAUUAUCUUCGGAAGAUUUGGGGUGAUUAAACCUAUUUUGCACUAACUAUAGAUUUAUAUGCCACAAAAGAAUAUCAGAUGACACUGGCAUAGCAGAAGAUGCAUCUUUUGAAGACUGAAUGAAAAUACUUUAUGGGACAGAUAUUUAACACUGUGUCUAUAAAUUUAUCAUAGAGUUCCAGUUACAUAUUUGCUGUGAACUGAGAUUAUUAGCAACAUUUCUGUACAUUAUAAUCUGGAAUGUGUACAAAAUGUGUGUGCAAAUUGAACUUGGGCAAAUUUUCAAGCAUUGUUAGAUAAAGAUAACACUGGAGAGAAAUAUUGAAGUUGAAAAACUUUGUAAUGAAUAAAUUAUAAAAGCAAAAAUUGCAACAAAUAUAUAUAUAUAGAGAGAGAAAUAUGUAUACACAUAUUGGGAUUUGAGGAGAAAAAUUUUGUAAAACAGUAAGAAAAUUAAGGAAUUGAUUCUUUGCCUGAAGCCAUGCCUAAAGAUACAAGAAAACUAUCACACAACUGUGAUAUCUGUAAAAAGUCAUUCUCUCAAAAGGGCAAUCUAGCUAACCAUAAACUUAUUCACACAGGUGAGAAGCCAUAUCGCUGUGAUAUCUGUGGCAAAUCAUUCUCUGUACGUAGUAGCCUAACAACACAUGUACGUGUACAUACAGGAGAGAAGCCAUAUCAGUGUGAUAUCUGUGGCAAAUCAUUCUCUGUACGUAGUAGCUUAACCACGCAUAAACAUGUACAUACAGGAGAGAAGCCACAUCAGUGUGAUAUCUGUGGCAAAUCAUUCACUGAAACUGGUCACUUAACAGUACACAAACGUGUUCAUACAGGAGAGAAACCAUAUUGCUGUGAUGUCUGUGGUAAAUCAUUCUCUCGGAACGGUAACCUAACAAAACACAAGCGAAUUCAUACAGGAGAGAAGCCAUAUCACUGUAAUAUCUGUGGUAAAUCAUUCCCUGGCAGUGGUGACUUAAUUACACAUAAACGUAGUCAUACAGGAGAGAAGCCAUAUCAUUGUGGUAUCUGUGGUAAAUCAUUUUCUGCAAAAUGUACUUUAACUUCUCACCAAAGUGUACAUACAGGAGAGAAGCCAUUUCAUUGUGAUGUCUGUGGUAAAUCAUUCUCUCAAAAAGGUUACUUAACUGCUCACAAGCGUAUUCAUACAGGAGAGAAGCCAUAUCACUGUGAUAUUUGUGGUAAAUCAUUCAGUCAAGGUAAUGACUUAACUAAACACCAUCGUAUUCAUACAGGAGAGAAGCCUUAUCACUGUGAAAUCUGUGGUAAAUCAUUCUAUGGAAGUAGUGAAUUAACUGGCCACAAACGUCUUCAUACAGGAGAGAAGCGGUAUCGUUGUGAUAUCUGUGGUAAAUCAUUUACUCGAAAUACAACCUUAACUACUCACAAACGAAUUCAUACAGGAGAUAAGCCAUAUCAGUGUGAUAUCUGUAAUAAAUCAUUCUCCCAAAUUGUUAACUUGACUGUACACAAGCGUAUCCAUACAGGAGAGAAGCCGUAUCGGUGUGAUAUCUGCGGUAAAUCAUUUUCUGUAAUUCAUAGCUUAAAACUACACAAACGUAUUCAUACAGGAGAGAAGCCAUAUCAAUGUGAUAUCUGUGGUAAAUCAUUUAUUGCAAGUCUUAACUUAAAACGACACAAACGUAUCCAUACAGGAGAGAAGCCAUAUCAGUGUGAUAUCUGUGGUAAAUCAUUCUCUGUACGUAGUAGCUUAACGACACAUAGACGUAUUCAUACAGGAGAAAAACCAUAUCGCUGUGUUAUCUGUGGCAAAUCAUUUUCUGAAAGUAUUCACUUAACAGCACACAAACAGGUUCAUGUAAGAGGAGAGACAUACCAAUGUGAUAUCUGUGGUAAGUCAUUCUCUCAAAUUCGUAAUGUUACUAAGCACAAACGUAUUCAUACCGGAGAGAAGCCAUAUCAGUGUAUUUUCUGUGGUAAAUCAUUCUGUGGAAGUGGUGAGUUAACUCUACACAAACGUACUCAUACAGGAGAGAAGCCAUACCAAUGUGAUAUCUGUGGUAAAUCAUUCUCUGGAGGUAGUGAGUUAACUAUACAUAAACGUAUUCAUACAGGAAAGAAGCCAUUUCACUGUAAUGUUUGUAGUAAAUCAUUCUCUCAAAGUAGUAAUUUAAUAACACACAAACGCAUUCAUUCAGGGGAGAAGCCAUAUCAGUGUGAUAUCUGUGGUAAAUCAUUUACUGUAAAUAGUACCUUAAUUUACCACAAACGUAUUCACACAGGAGAGAAGCCAUACCAGUGUGAUAUCUGUAGUAAAUCAUUCUCUGUAAAAAGUACCUUAAUAAUACAUAAACGUAUUCAUACAGGAGAAAAACCUUAUCAUUGUGAUAUUUGCAGUAAAUCAUUCUCUGAAAGUAGUAAGUUAAGAAUACAUAAACGUGUUCACACAGGAUAGAAGCCACACCAUUGUAGUAUAUGUGGUAAAUCAUUCCCUCAAAGUAGUACCUUAACAGGAGAGCAGCCAUAUAAAUGUGAUAUUUGUAGGAAGACAUUCUCUUGAAGUAGUAAUUUAAGAAUACACAAAUGUGUUCAUGCUAGGUAGAAGCCACAUCACUGUGACAUUUGCAGUAAAUCAUUCUCUCAAAGAUGUAGCUUAACUGGACAUGUAUGUAUUCCUACAGAAGUGUAACUGUAUCAGUGAAAAUUCUUAACACAUCAUCAAACAUUUUAAGUUCCUCCUGAUGUGAGGUGGGCUUAGCUUUGUGGACUUUAUCCAUGCAACAACGAAGCCAUUCGUCAUGGCUCUCUUUCUAAGGUAGUCUUUUACAGCUGGUUGAACUUCUAAUGAUGCCAACCUCUUCUAGUUACCUUUUCUGUGAAAAUAAAAAAAAAAACACCAUCUAUAACUAAAUAUAUUCACAAUAGAAAGGAGACAUAACUGUAAGCCUCCUCACACCGUAUUUUAUAUUAACAUAACUAAACACUGUUGUGAUUACUUAUUUCUGUGAUAUUUUUAAUAAAAGUAAUUUCCUCCAGAUUUUGAAUUUGUUUACUGUCUUUUGAAACCAAUAUUAUAUUUGGGAAGAGUCAUAAUUAAUAAAGCCUUUCAACACA